AUGAGGGCCGAUAGAGCGGCUGGAGCUGGAGCUACUGAGGACGCGAGAGGUGCGGCAGGCUGGGCGCGGUGGGGCGGUGCGCACCGGGUUUUAAGGCGCGGGGGCUGGGACGGCGCGUUGGGGGCGGAGCUCCUGCUUCGGGCGUCUUGGGGCUCCCAGGGAGAAAAGGAGGCCUACUGUCAGAAAGCAUCCCUCCAGCUCUUCAGCUCCCGGGGUGGGAGGAUGCGGAAGAGAGAGGAGAUCGAUAAAGAACGCUCGCACAUUUCAGUCUUCUCCAUUCCUCAAUAUAUAGAUCCAGUCACCAUCCUAAAAGCCUUCACUGGAAUUAACACUAGGAAGACCUACGAUUACCUGUUCAAGUUGCUGCUGAUCGGGGACUCGGGGGUGGGGAAGACCUGUGUCCUGUUCCGCUUCUCCGAGGACGCCUUCAACUCCACUUUCAUCUCCACCAUAGGAAUUGACUUUAAAAUUAGGACCAUAGAGCUCGAUGGCAAGAGAAUUAAACUACAGAUGUGGGACACGGACGGCCAGGAGCGGUUUCGGACCAUCACAACGGCCUACUACAGGGGAGCAAUGGGCAUCAUGCUGGUCUACGACAUCACCAACGAGAAGUCCUUCGACAACAUCCGGAACUGGAUUCGCAACAUCGAGGAGCACGCCUCUGCAGACAUGGAGAAGAUGAUACUUGGGAACAAGUGCGACGUGAACGACAAGAGACAGGUGUCCAAGGAGCGGGGAGAGAAGCUGGCCCUUGACUAUGGAAUCAAGUUCAUGGAGACCAGCGCCAAGGCCAACAUCAACGUGGAGAACACAUUUUUCACUCUCGCCAGAGAUAUCAAAGCAAAAAUGGACAAAAAAUUGGAAGGCAACAGCCCCCAGGGAAGCCACCAGGGCGUCAAGAUCACCACCGACCAGCAGAAGCGGAGCAGCUUCUUCCGAUGCGUGCUUCUGUGAGGAGCACCGCCUGCCUGGGUCGAACUCCGCCCAGCUGACUGUGCCUGUCCUGGGGCCGCGCUCAGCGGGCCUCCCGCCUCCACACCUCGCCCGCGCUGU